AUGGCCGACGAAUAUAUCCUCUCCGUCACCGCGGGCCCCAACUACGAAGACCAAAAUCCCAUCGGCAUCAACACCGAAGAGCCCACGCGCAUCACCUCCUCACAUCUAACCGCGUCCCUCCGCGUGCGAAUUCAAAACUACCGCGGCCUCCCCAAAGACUCGCCCAAGACAUCGCCAUACUUCUCCCACCCGAAACACGAAAAAGACCUCUACAGCUUGAGCUUCACCGUGACCCCGAAAGAAGAUCUCAACGGACAUGAUCUGGUCUUCGGCAAUGACUUCGACCAUCCCAUUCGUGAUAAACUCCCACCGGGGUUUAACCAGGCUUUCAAGAUCGCGACGUGGUUUAUAGAUCCGGGACUCUAUGGAGAUGUCUAUGCGGAUGAACCGUAUCUUUAUGGUCCUCUGCUCUCGUCUAUAAAUGUCUUGCGGAUCGGACCGAAAGACGACAGGGAGCAAGAGAAGGUCGAAGAGGUAAGGGCGAAUGAAGAGCUUUUGGUGUUUGAAGAGGGUGCGGAUGGAGAUGGCGAGCAAGUGAGGGAAGAGCUGGGGAUGCCGCAUGAAAGUGCUGCGAGGCAGAAACACUUCUUGCAGGAGGGCAAGUUGAAGGACUUCACGUUUGAAAAGGGGAGGGAGUAUAGUAUGGACUUUUAUAAUCCUUAUUUGGAUUUCAAUGACUUCUCCCUCAAACUCCCCGCCUACGGUUUCCUCCCAGGCAUCAACAUCCCAGUCCUAGGCUCCUGGGCGAGCUCAGGACAACAACCCCUUCGAUACGUGCUCAAGAACCGCAAGACGGAUGAACCGCUGUUUGUGGUGGUAUUUACGCUUUUGCCGAAGGAGGAGGUAGCCGAGGGGGAGAAGCCAGCGGAAGUUGGCGGCGAGAAGGAAGAGGCUGCGAUAUCUGCUGCUGGUGGAGGUGAUGAUGAGUUGGAUUAG